GGCAGGUGUCUUCUGGUAGUAGAGACAUUCUGAUACACAAAUUAAGUGUAAGAAACGAAAUAAAUACCUCCCACUUACCACCCCAGAGAAAGCAGGCCCAUAUAGACCCAAGAAGAAGAGAAGAAGAAGAAGAAGAAGAAGAAGAUGAUGAUGAAAAGUUCAGAAAAGAAGGAUAAGGAGGAUGAGGAAGGAGAAGAGCACAUAAGAUCAGAAGAAGGAAACAGUGUGUUCAUCAGUCCCUGCUGCAACUUCUUAGGCUUUGUAGUCAAGGUUUUUGUCAAGUGCUUGGGCCAUGACCAAGACGACUAUUCCCCUGUUCCUACUCAAACUACAGAUCAACCUCCUUCUAAGGAUCCAUCUGCUGAUCAAACUCAAACAAAAACCACUGAGGAAGACAACAUAACUGAUAUAGAACUUGCCAGGAGUCCACCAUCACGAAGAGAAGGAUUCACCCGCGGAGGAGGUGGUCAAAACAACUGAUUAACAAUAUAUAUAUAUAUAUAUAUAUAUAUCGAUCGAUCUCAAGGUCCCCAUAACCUUUUCACUAUUUGAGUGUUCAACUAUAGAGUUUGUAUUUACUAAUUAGAGUAACCCAUGUCUUUGUGUUUGUAUAUGUAUAAAUUUGUGAUAAAUAUAUUGAUGGUCUCUUUUA